UAUAAACUCGUCGUGACACGUGUUCCCAUUUACUGCAUCACACCUCAACUUUCAUCUAUUAACAUUAUCUUAGCCAACACGAAAUUACCACUGGAAUACGAGAGUGAAACGAACAUUUGGAAAAAGUUUUUUCUGGUGAGUUUUGGUUGUUUGCGAUGUCUGAUUCGGGCAAACUCACAGUUCUUGUUACCGGUGCAGGUGGUAGAACAGGACAAAUUGCUUACAAGAAACUGAAGGAGAGGUCAGAUCAGUACAUAACUAGAGGUCUGGUAAGAACUCCAGAAAGCAAGGAAAAAAUUGGUGGAGAGGAUGAUGUUUAUGUCGGGGACGUAAGGGACAGUGAGAGCAUUGUUUCAGCCAUUCAAGGUAUAGAUGCACUUAUCAUACUCACGAGUGCUGUGCCGAAGAUGAAGCCUGGUUUUGACCCCGCUAAAGGCGGGAGACCUGAAUUCUAUUUCGAAGAUGGAGCGUUUCCUGAACAGGUCGAUUGGAUCGGACAGAAGAAUCAAGUAGAUGCUGCUAAAGCUGCUGGAGUGAAACAUAUUGUGCUGGUGGGAUCAAUGGGAGGAACAAAUCCAAAUCACCCUUUGAAUAGCUUGGGAAAUGGAAAUAUCUUGAUUUGGAAGAGAAAGGCUGAGCAAUACUUAGCCGACUCAGGGAUCCCAUACACCAUAAUAAGAGCCGGCGGCCUGCAAGAUAAAGAAGGUGGUCUAAGAGAGCUACUAGUAGGAAAGGACGACGAACUUCUCAGCACGGAUACGAAGACUAUCCCUAGGGCGGAUGUUGCUGAAGUCUGUCUUCAGUCACUCAACUUUGAGGAGGCCAAAUUCAAAGCUUUCGACCUUGCCUCGAAACCUGAAGGUUCCGGCACGCCAGCAACGGAUUUCAAGGCUCUCUUUACUCAAAUCACUGCUCGAUUCUGAUCAACCGAGCAAUAUUGCGAUGAUGGCUUGAAUAAAAUUGUCCCUUUUAUUAAUACCCUUAUCAUGUUAUUGUACCUUUUGGCUUAAUGUCUGAGAUCUAUAAAAAUAUUCCGUGAUGCUCAAUAAAAAGUAAAGCAAUAUUGAAAAUUUGUAAA